AUGGGGCUCUGUGUGUCCAUCUUAUCUUUGACCUAUUGUUUUUUUUUGUUUUUUUUUGUCAACAUGGACACUCCAAACCUCCCCGUGGCCAGGUUUGAUGUGGAUGUCGACCUCGGUUUUGCCCUCUUCUUCUUCUUCCUGCUCUGCUUCUUCCUGUUGGUGACCAUAGUCCGCUGUGCUCAGAUGGUGCUAGACCCUUACAGCUCAAUCUCUGUCAGUAUAUACCAGGAGGAGCAAUCAGAAGAAUGA